UACAUUUUCAUCAUUUUCAAAAUUCAUUACGUGUCUUAAACUUUAAUAUAAAGAAUAUAAAUAUUACAUUUUUGGCUUUACAAUAUAUUUUUAAAAUAAUAACUUUAUAAAAAACAUAUACUCUGAUAUAUGAUAUGAGUGUUUUGAAGUACCAUCGCUUGGCAACAGUGAUGGCAUUUAAAUUCUAUAAUAGUUCUGUAAUAUUUUCGCUAUUUUUUAUUCAUAAUUUUAAAUUGGAAUUUAAUUUCAAUUUUAAUCGUUACUAAUUAUGAUUUAAAUCCGAAUCGAAUCGUAAUUUUAAAAAUGACAAAAUAUCUUAACGCAUGAUACAAAAUGCUUUAAAUGUUGGGUAUUUUUCUAUCCAACUUCAUCUGUGCUAAUUGUUUUACAAGUAGUGUUUUUGUUUGAAGUUCUAUGUAUAUGUGUUACGUGUUCAUUUAUAAGUGUAUGAACAAUUGUAAAAAGAUUGAAACUAUUAGCAAUAAUUUAUUUAAGUCUAAAAAUGAAUAUAAACUAUGAAUAUAAUUAAAUUCAAAUCUAAAAGUAAAAACGUUUGAGACGUUCCAAUACAUAACCUUAAUUUUUUUUUUACAAAUCAUAUAUUACUAUUUUAAAUUUAAGAAUGGAUACUCCAGGAUCUCAAGCUUUGGAAGUAGCUAAAAAUAUGAAAGACUUAGCUGUAUUUAAAAAACCAUUAGGUGUUGCAAAAAAACAUAAAAAAGUACAACCAAAAAUCCUAGAUGAAGAUACAUAUAUAAAAAGGAUGGGAGAAAUUAUUCAAAGAGAUUUUUUUCCACAUUUAGAUAAACUUCAAGCACAAAAUCAAUAUUUAGAUGCAUUAGAACAAAAUGAUGUGAAAAGAAUGAGAGAACUUUAUGAAAAAUAUAGUUCAGGACGUCCAACAACUGAAAGACCUGCUAGUCCAGCUACAUUUGAAACACCUAUGAAUAAAAUUGAAUCAGAAGAUGAACAAUUUAAGUCUUCAAAAGAAUCAAAAGAUACACCUGUUGAUAAAAUUAUAAAAGAUAAAGACAAAACAGAGCUUACAUCUGGAUUGGAUGCAUAUUUGAGUACUCAUACAAGUGAAGAUAAUGCAAGUUUUGAGGAGAUGAUGAUCGAAGCAGAAAAAAGACUAAAGCUUAAAUUUGCUUGGCUUUAUAAAGCUGAAGAGAAUUCUAAAGUAUCGAAAAAUGAUAAAAAUUCAAAUACCUUAGCUCUUGAAAAUGAUAACAAAAAUCAAUUAGAUAGUUGGAAUUAUAAAAAUAAAAAUUACAUUAUGUAUGUUCCUGAUGGAGUAGAAUUAACUCCUGAUGAAAGAAUAGAUUUAGCUAAGAAAAAACAAAUAGUAGUACAUGAAAAUACGAGACUUCGAAUUAAUCCUUUUAAUGAACAGCAAAAUAAAGAAACUAUUAAUGAAUUAGCAAAAAAUCAAUCAAAGGCUAAUGAUGGGAAGAUAGGAGUUGAUGGCAAAGAAAUUGUAAGAAAUCCAACACCUAGAAUAAAUGGAUUUAGCUUUGUAGCAACUCCAAGUCCAAGACCUGGAGAAUGUGAGAGUCCUUUAAUGACAUGGGGUCAAAUAGAAGGUACACCAUUCAGAUUAGAUGGAGGGGAUACACCAUUAUUGAGAACAAGUCAAGGACCAUCAUUUAGAAUGGCAGAACCUCCAAAAAGAGAGCAACUUGCAUUACAACUAGCAGAAAAAGCUGGUGAAAGACAUAGAGAUAGAAAAAAUAAAGCUUUAGAAGCAGCAAGAAAAUCAUUAGCAACUCCAUCACCUAGAUCAACUAUGGAUCGUUUGAGUACUAUGUCUCCAGCUGCUAGAAGAUUAGCUACUCAAAAACUUCGUAUAGCAAGUACACCAACUCCACGAAGGAUAUCAUCUUUAAAGACACCAUCAAUAGGUAUCAGAACACCCAGCACUCCACGAAUAAAUACAGUUUUAAAAUCUGAAAAUCAUCUUGAAAACAGCAAUACACGAUGUCAAGAUUCUGUUCUUACCGAUAAUUUGCUUAAUUUGCCUCUUCAAAGGCAAAGAGCAGCAGACUUUUUUAAUAAGUAAGAUGUAAAAACAUAUAAUGUAUUGUAUAUAACUGUAAAUAUAUUAUUAUAUAAUAGAAUAACAAAUGUAAAUAAAUACAUCUUUAGUA